UCAUUUAUGGUAUUUAACAAGAGAGAAGGUAGAGUACUGUAUUUUCCCUAUAGCAACAGAAGUCUGCACUGCAGUGCUGUUUGAUAAGAGGAAUACAGGCUAUAUUUAGCUUUCGAUAUUCAGAGUGCCCUCAAUAAGACAGAGACCGAGAGUAAGCACUAUUUCUCCACUCAUUUAGUGUGUGUGUGCUUGUGGUGGUUUGUUGUGUGUGUUCACACCUCACAGGUGUUGAGCUGAAUGAGUCCAAGAAGGGAGAAUAAUUGUCACCAUCUUCUUCAAUUUCUCAGUCUCCCUCUUACCCUCUGAUAUGCACAGUAUCCACUUGUCACUCACUGGUCCUGUCAGCUGCCAUCACUCAGGAUGGUAAUAGCUCACUGAGUUGUCAUGGUUACCUGGUCUCUGCAUCAACUGCAUCUCUCCUCUCUCCUCUCUCUCUCCAGGAAUGUUGUCUUAUUCAACAGUACACAGAGGAUGUUAAGAGUCAGGGAGAGUAGUAGGGAGGAGUAGAAAAGAUAGAGGGUAAGGAGGUGGAGAGAGGGUAGGGAGGAGGAGAGAGUGUAGGGAGGUGUAGAGAGGAGAGAGCGUAGGGAGGUGACGAGGUGUGCUGUGCAGGGGUGAGUCAGUAUAGAGGGAGAAAGGGAGAGUAUAUAGAUAGAUAGCUUAGCUUGGCUGUUAGAAACGGAUGAGAGUGGAGUCUCCUGGUGUGUGUGAGGGGCGAUCAACACUGGGCAGACUUGGAGCAGAGUGACGCAGAGAGGAACUUAGACUUAACACUGCUCUAAUACACACACAUACACACACUAGGCUGAAGCCAGGACAACAUCAUAGAGGACCGGGAGAGAGGGAGAGAUUGUAGGACGAGUGUGGGGUGAGCAGCAGCCAUGGCAGAGAACUCUAUGUACCAGCGUCUGUCCUACGAGAGAGAAGAGGAGGAGGAGGAAAAGAAGGAAGAGAGGAAGGAGGGAUUAAUGAAGGAGAGAGGGGAAGAAGAGAUGAUGACGGAGGAGGGGACAGAGUGGUUGGUAGAUCUGUUAACAGACGUUCAGCUGCAGCAGUACUUCCUGCGUAUUCGUGAUGAGCUGAACGUGACGCGCCUGUCACACUUCGACUACGUCAAGAAUGAAGACCUGGAGAAGAUCGGCAUGGGGCGCCCAGGACAGAGGAGGCUUUGGGAGGCAGUCAAGAGAAGGAGAGCUCUCUAUAAACGCAAGUCCUGGAUGAGCAAGGUACAGCACACAGUGUUUCCAGGGAAACGAACUGACUCUGACUUGGACCCCCAGCAGCUCCGGGGGGCGUUGCCCAACUUGAAAACUCCAGGGUUAACCCCGUCCAGCGAUGGGAUGGGGGCAGCCCUGACCUGUCUGAUCCGAGAGGCGGAGCUACAGCUGUGUGAACGACUGGGAGACGGAACCUUCGGAGUCGUCAGGAGAGGAGAGUGGACUGGAACCACUGGACAAAUGCUGUCAGUAGCAGUGAAGUGUCUGAAGACAGACAGUGUGUUGGACACUGAGGGGUUGGAUGAUUUCAUCAGAGAGGUGAACGCCAUGCACUCCCUCAACCACCAGAACCUCAUACGGCUCUAUGGAGUGGUGCUCACACACCCCAUGAAGAUGGUGACGGAGCUGGCUCCUCUUGGUUCUCUGUUGGAUCGUCUGAGGAAGCGGCAGGGACACAUCCUCAUCUCCUCUCUGUGUGGCUACGCUGUACAGGUGGCGUGUGGCAUGGCAUACCUAGAACAGAGGCGAAUCCUCCACAGAGACCUGGCGGCGAGGAACGUCCUGCUGUCAACCAAUGAGAUGGUGAAGAUUGGUGACUUUGGCCUGAUGAGAGCACUGCCAUCACACCAGGAUACAUACAUUAUGGAGGAGAGCCACAAGGUGCCCUUUGCAUGGUGUGCUCCAGAGUCAUUGAGGAGCAGGAGUUUCUCUCAUGCUUCAGACACUUGGAUGUUUGGAGUCACUCUGUGGGAGAUGUUUACACACGGACAGGAGCCAUGGCUAGGACUCAAUGGCAGCCAGAUUCUCCAUAAGGUGGAUGUGGAGGGGGAGAGGCUGGUGAAGCCAGAAGACUGUCCCCAGGAUGUUUACAACGUGAUGCUGCAGACCUGGAGCCCUCAGCCUGAUGACAGACCAACAUUCACCGCCCUCAGAGACUUUCUAUUGGAGACCAUGCCUACAGACAUGAGAUCACUGCAGGACUUUGAUGAACCAGACAAACUUCAGAUCAACAUGAAUGACAUCAUCACCGUCGUCGAGGGCAGAGCAGAGCUCUAUUGGUGGAGAGGUCAGAACAGAAGGACGUUGCGCGUGGGACAGUUUCCUCGCCACGUGGUCACGUCGGUCAGCGGCCUGUCGGCCCAAGACAUCAGCAGACCCCUCACACACUCCUUCAUUCACACUGGACAUGGAGACACUGACCCACACAGGAGCUGGGGGCACGCUGACCGCAUAGACAGCCUGUACUUGGGAAAUCCUAUGGACCCCCCUGAUGUUAUGGGAAUGGAUCCUUCCACUGCCCGGCCCACCAAACUACCCAGCCGCACCAGGAAGAAGCCUCCUCCUCGUCCUCCCCAGCCUGCUGUCCUGAUCAACAAGCCGUUCUAUGACUCUGUGUUAGAUGAUGAUGAUGAAUAUGAAGGUGUUUCGUCGGGGCUGAAGAGGCUGGGCGCGGCUAUAGGCCUUAAACUCCGCCCGGGGGAGGGGUCAGGUGUGAGGUCAGCCAAAAGCGAAGUCUCGCUCAUCGACUUUACCGAUGACAGCUUCAGCUCGACCACGCCCUCCCCUCUCACUGAGACACGCAUACCUGACCAGGACACACUCCAGGUACAUACACACACACGCACAUACACACACACACUCAGUAGGCAAAAUAACCUUAUUCUCUCCCUCCAGGACCUUCCUUCCAUCCUGGACUGGCCCCUCCCUCUUCCUGCCUACGACGAGGUUGCCACUGAGGCCGAGGGUCAAUUGGCAGACCAGGAGGUUCGAUCUAUCACUGGAUUGCCAGAGGGGAUGUUGGCUCCGCCCAACACUGAUGCAGAGAGGAGGGGCUUAACUCAGUCAGCUGAUCUGUUCCAGGAGCUCCAGAGAGAGGUGAUGGUGAAGCUGCGUGUUCCCAUGACAACCGGGCGUUCCCUCCCCUCCUCCCCCCUCCCCCUCUCCUUGGCCCCUCACAGACAGAUCUACCUUCCUCCCCCCUCCUCUUCCUCCUAUGAGGACAGACCCAUGCUACCUCCACGCUCCCCCAUCCCACCCCUCCGCUCCUCCAAACGCGUUUCCCUAUGUGAGAGGGAAAACACACCCCCUCAGAUCCCUCCCAGAGACCACGCCUUCUCUCAGCCCUCCUCACGCUCCUCCUCCCCCCUUCCUUUAGUGCUUCCCCUCUCUGUCUCCCCUCUUUCCUCCUCCCUUUGUCUCCCCCCUCCUCCCCUCUCCUUCUCUCCUCGUCAGAGGACUGGACUAUACGGGGUUGUUGGUCCUCUCGGCUCUCUAAUCUCCUCCUCCCCCUCUUCCUCUCCUCCCUCCUCCUCCCUCUAUUCCUCCAUGCUUAUGGCUGCCCCUCCCCCCAGUUCCUCGUUGGAUCCCCUCUCUGAGGGGCGUGGCCUGUCAAUACUUAUUGACAACUCUCAGAGUUCUGAACGCCCCGCCUACUUAGAGAGGUAUGGAGCCACCAAAAUGGCCACCGUCCGACCCAUGGUGCAACAGCAGCCAGGUGGGGGUGGGGCCAGGCCUAACUCCUCUUACAACAACAACAACCACAGGACUCAACAUUUAACUACAGCUCCCAGCAGGCAACGGGAGAACGGCCUCAUUCAGGUAGAACAGUUGUUCCAGCUGGGUCUGCGUUCUAGAACAGAGUGCCAGGAGGUUCUAGAGCGUUGCCAGUGGAACCUAGAACAGGCAAGCACCAUGCUACUGGACUCUUGUGGAAAAGUAGGCUGAGACAGACUCCAGGACUACUGACCUACAGACUUAAAACUACUGAUCUUUAACCCUACAGACCUACUGUUCUAAAAACUACAAACCUUUACCUAUUACUACAGACCUUUAUCUACAGACCUGAAACAACAAACCUUUACCUAUUACUACAGACCUUUAACUACAGACCUGAAACAGACAUUCCCUUGCUGGAGACUAUAGCACCUGGUUGAGUCCUACGGAGGGAAACAAUGGACGAACACAAUACUGCAUGUUCAGCAGUUAAGUUAUUAUAUUUUAUAUUAUAUAGAUACAGUGCCUUCAGAAACUAUUCACACCCCUUGACCUUUUCCCAAUUUUUUUGUGGUAAAGCCUGAAUUUAACAUGGAUUAAACUGAGAUUUUGUGUCACUGGCCUACACACAAUACUCCAUAAUGUCAAAGUGGAAUUAUGUUUUCAGAACUUUUUACAAAU